GGACAUGACGUCCAGUAAAGCCUUUCUUUCUAAAAGUCCCUGAAUAAAGAAAGAGAAUCCAUCUUUUUGGAAAAUAAAGCACUGUGGUUUUCAGGAACAGCAGCGGUGGGCGACUGGAUGUGUUUAGUACUGAAGAAAACCUAAAAAAAAAUCCCUUAUGUGAGCUUUUAUUCCUGUGGAAUCUCCUGUGCGAAGGAGGCGACGCUCAUCAUGGACGACUGUUUGCACACCUCCACGGAGAGCCUAUCGAAACUAGUGAAGUGGGCCCACAGCCAUGGGACGAUCUGCACACUCAUCCCUAACCUGAAGCACCUGCUUACUGAAGGUGCCCACGGAAACCUGACUGCGCUCUGGGGUUGCAGUGCUGGCCAUGCGUACCACUGGCCCUUAAUGAGCUCCUGUAAAACAGCCCACAAGGAGCGACCAUGCUACCCGAGCAGCAGCCGGGGUAUCAGCUCGAAUGCCCUCAUACAGGGAGCCUCAUCCAUGCAGAGCAGCCAGGCAGAAAGGUUCCUGAGCAGUGCGGGCAAGAACAAAGGCGGUGACUCCAACCAAACCCGCGACUCCUGCGACUUCUCCAACUGUAGCGAGCCAUCCGAAAUAGACGACAACACAGAUGAGUACAACAACCACUUGUUCGACAUUGUUUGCGAGUCUUCUGCCACAGACGAAGAGGGAGACUCCGAGCCAAGGGUUGCUCAAAGAAAACGAGGCCCCAACGGGCCAGAAGACACUACAGACCCAGAAGCGAAGAAGAUCAAGCAAGAGAGGGCUGAAGACUAUUACACUGUGGCUAACUCCCAAAUUCCUGGUGGCUCACAGGGUCCUCAUACAAGUAGUGGGGUGCCCCAGUUACCCAAGCCCAAUUCUCAGACUAGACCCUCAUCUAGAUCAUCAGCACAUCAGCGGUCCUCCGACAUGGACGGGGAAUCAGGAGGUAUAUCUUUAUCACCACUAAAUAACGCCUCGCCAUCAGUCUCCAAACCCACACGCACCUCUGGAAGCAGUUCCCACAGCAGAACGCACAUAAACUCUACCCCAAUGGCCAGUCACAGUGCAGCAGCCUCAAACCGACCUGGAAAGAGCGACAUGUUCGAAGGUCUACCCAACGGAGACAUUGACGUAGCCUUUGGAGAUGCAUCCGGCACAGUUAACACAGAGAUGGACAUUCUAGGAGAACAGGCUCUCGGAGAAGAUGCUAAAGGAGAAGGCACAGGCUGCCUUGCACCAUCUACUAUGAAUUCAGAGGAGCACUACUGGCCUUCUGCAUCCGAGUUUUCCCCAAAUGCUGAGCGACCGGCUGAAGAGAGAAAAGAGCUGGAGGAUUUCAUCACAACUAUCGAUCCUAUAACAUUACAGAACCUGCAGGCGGUAAUUUCCAGGGUUCUCGUGAUUCACGAGAGAACCCGUGUUCCUGAGGUCAGCCCUCCGAGGGUUGGGGUGCAGGAGCUUUUUCCGGGCUGUGGACUUUACCUCCCCACGUCCAGACUGACCACCAUACACCAGGAGUCCAGACAGGACAGCAUGAGGCUCUUUCACCUGCUGUUUGAACACUUCUUCAGUGAGGAAGAUCUUAUAGGAGCUGUGGCUUUUGGAAAGAGGGGGAAGGUGCCAGAUGGGAAGAAAAUACUAGAUCGAAGAACUGUUGAUGGAAUUAUAGCGUAUGUGCUGCAUUGCUCCAGUUUGGAUGGAUGGACACCUGUGGAAUCAGCCAAGCUGAAGAAAGCCUGUAUCAACAAGUGCAGAUUAAGAAUUGGUCAGAGGAAAAGGCUGGCACAGGAGCCCUACCUGUUCCACAGUCCACAGAAAUCCGGGCCUUCUUAUAUGUGAAACCAAACAUCCGAAGGACCUUCACUCGGUUCAGUCCCAUCUCUCCAUCGUACUCGUGUGAUCAGUGUUAUUUACUGCUCAUAUUCUGUAAAUGCACAAGAACCAAACAGCGUACUCACUUUAUUUUCUUGGCCACUGGUCAGAGCCCAGAUCCUCAUUUCCUGAGUUUUAUGAGUUUUGAAGACGAUUUGAUUUGAAGACAAAUAUUUGAAUUUCACUUUGAAACUGGUGUGUUCAGAUCUUCCACCAUUAGUUUAUCAGGUGACCGAUGCAGACAUAAAGAACUGUAAAUGUGGAAUACACAUUAGGCUUUUUCCACUGCAGAAAUACCGGGACACACAUUUUAGCACAACACAUUCAGUGCACACACACACUUAAUAUCUGGUUACUGCUCAAUAUUUUUUACUGAUGGAAAAGGUACACGCGCAUCUAUAUGAUGGGUGUUUAUGAUAAAUUGGCCAAUUAAUUUAGGUUGAUGGUAACCCUGUGUGUUUUAAUUUCUUAGACUUUCCUAGACUGGUUUCGUUUUCAGUAAAUCAGAAUUAGGUCUGGGCGUGUUUGUUCUAUUCAAGAUUUUCUUUUAUUUCUAUUCUUUUGAUAAAUUUAAAUUCUUUUCUUGUUAAGGAUUUUGAGUUUAUAUAACCUCAACAAAUUCAACCUUACUGCAGUGAACAUUUUGGACACACUAGUUCCCAUGCAGUGCCUGCAUAGCUUAUUCCAUUUAGUAAAGACUGUUUUGGCUAAUUGUGACCCCUUAUAUUUGAAGUGUGAAUUUAAUUCAUGUUUUUAAGCUAUUUUGGUAUUGGAAAAUAUUUUAAGUGGUGUAAAUUUGCAGUGUCAGUUGAAUAUUUUCUAAAUUUAGCUAUUAAAUUUUGAAUUUUCAGUCAAACUGUGGUUCCUCUGAAAAUAUGUACACACUGAUAAAUUCAUAACAAGAUGAAUUGUUAAUUUUAAAUUUCACAGACAUUUUAGAAAGGGCAGUUUUGGCAAUUUUUUAUUCUAAAACAAGUCACAUACAUAGAGUGUGUGAUCAUCGAGAUAAACUUUAGCACUGAUCACUGACUGUGUUUGAGAUUUAUACAUUUUAACCAAAAGGCCUAGCUCUAAGUCUGCAUUGUGCUUUACUAUGGCAAUGAAAAGCAGUGGUCUCCAACUUAUCCAGUAGACUUUAGCUCCAACUACUAAUCAACCCCACCUGUUUCAUCUGUUUACUGCCUCCAGGAGUGCUUGAUGAGUUAAAUGGGGUGUUAGGCUACAUUCACUGAGCGGGUAAAAGUGUCUCAAAUCUGACAUUUGAAUUUGCUUGAACAGUUCACGUCCUUUAAAACGCUUCAAGUGAAGUUUCGGUUGCAUCUUUCCAGAAUUACAGAGAGAGAGAAUAUACAGCGUUUCAGCUUGUUGUAAAGACUAUGGCCACAAAUUUGGUUUGGUUUUAUUAUAUUGUUCUUAAGCCCUGUCCGGACAUUAGAAUUAGUUUCUCAGGGGGACAUCUGUAAAAAAAAAAAUCACACUUCUACUCAGUGAUAAAACUCCUGCAUCUGGACUCUUGGUCACAUGACAUCAUAUUCAGUAGCUUCUCCAUUUUUACUCGCUGUUGUGUUUAUGUGGAUCUCUGUGGAAACAUGCACCCAAAGUGCAAUUACGGGGCGCGGCAGUGGACAAAUAGCUAUUUUAUUAAACGCGGAGGGACGGAACUCAGAGAUGUGGAUCCAGACUGGAUUAUAAUUACCUGAGGACCAGAGUUCAGCCAAAAACAGUAGGUAAUUCAGCCUGUAAUUUUUUUUAAAAGACGUCUGAGAAAAAUACAUAUACAGUCAUUCCACAUGGUAAUUAAAUCAUGGGACCCUCCAUAAAAGAGAGAAUUACCCUAGUACCCCCUGAGAAACUAAUUCCAUCUGAAUAGAUUUUAAGAUUUUUACUUGGAAGCUGCAGCCAUAUUCUGUGCCUGUGUUCUGCCAAUUAAUAUCCAACUCAGUAUUUUGUCAUAGAAACCCUUACUGACUGCUGUCAUCCAUUUUCACAUCUCGCUGCAUUUUAUCAUUUCCCUUGACGUAAAUUUUUUCUUUAUUUUUUAGACUUUACUGAUUUCUGAAAGAAAUUUAGCAGCAAGCAGCCAGUAGUGUGUGUCACAUGGCAGAAAUUGUGCCGCUCAUUCCUGCUGUGUGAACGUGUAUCCUUAGAUUUGGGAUGGAGGUGUAAGCUGCAGAACAGUAGCUCUCCAGGAAUAGGGUUGGAUACCCCUUCUAAAAUAACCAGGGUUCGUCCUGCAGCAUCCUGUCUAGAGUGGACUGGUUGGGUUCAUUUUUGCUGUUAUUUAUUUCUGUUUUAGAUAAACCCUCUUACAGACUUUUAAAGCUUUGAACGAUUUCGGUACAUUGUGUGAACUCUACUCCAGUGUGAAUUGCAUAGCCGGGUCAGAUCAUAAACUGUUGUCCACUGCGUAAGUUACCCAUUUUUAGCUGUACAUACAUGGGUGUGUAUAUAUAUAUAUAUAUCAUUUGCUCUGAAAGUGGUGAGUACAUCUGAAAAGACUGAAUCCUCAAGACUGUGGUAUACUAACAGUCCAGUAUUGCAGAUUCUGUGAAUAAAAAAAAUGACACUUUUAUCCGAUUUAUGAAAAAGAGUGAACUUUGUCCGUACUGCAAUCUCUAUUCGAUCUCAAUGUGUAAAUAGUUGGUUUUUAUAUUUGAUGCAUCAUGAGUGGUCUAAUUUGUUAUUUUCUAACAAGGAUUGUAAUAAAAAUAUUAUAGAACAA